AUGGCUCAAACUAAUUGGAUCAGGGCUGGUUUUUACGAGUAUAACCAAUAUGAGUUUCCCGUUUCGGAGAUCAAUUUUGCUCUCUUCACUCACAUUAUUUGUGAUUAUGCUUCUGUGAAUUCUACCUCCUACCAGCUCUCUUUAUCACCAGCUGAUGACCAACAUCUUUCAGACUUCACACAUACUAUAAAACAAAACAACCCAUCAGUCACUACAGUGCUAUCUAUUUAUAUCAAUGGUGAUGCAACCUAUUCUACAAUGGUAAGCACUUCUUCUAACAGAAAAUCCCUCAUCGAUUCCUCCAUUAAAAUAGCCAGACGUUACGGUUUCGAAGGUCCAGGCACAAGUAUUGAUAUGUUCAAUAUGGGAAUUCUCUUUAAAGAGUGGAAAGCGGCUAUUGAUUUAGAGGCAACAAACUCUAGCCGGUCUGCACUGAUCUUGACGGCAAUGGUUUAUCAUACACCAAAGAUUUAUUCAACAAGUUACCCUAUAGAGUCGAUACAACAACAUUUGGAUCGGGUUCAUCUUUUUGCAUCUCUGUAUGAUCCAUAUAAUUUUGACAAUGCGGAUUUCGGCAUAGCAGAAUGGAUCGACGGAGGAUUAUCGGCUAAUAAAAUCGUGUUCUUUUUACCUUUCUAUGGUUUUGCAUGGAGGCUGGAGAAUCCUAUGGACAAUGGUAUUGGUGCACUGGCAAAGCAACUUCCCACUAAUUUGGAGGGCGGAAUUGUAGCCUAUAAGGAAAUCAAGAAUUACAUUGAGCAAUAUGGUCCUGAUGUUCAUGUUAGAUACAACUCAACUUAUGUGGUGAACUACUGGACAAAGGGAACAACUUGGUACUGCUUCGAUGACGUUGAGGCGAUUAGAACUAAGGUUUCUUAUGCCAAGGAGAAGAAGCUACUUGGCUACGUUGUGUGGCAAAUCUCCUAUGAUUAUAAUUGGAUCCUUUCCAGUACUGCAGCUGAAGUGGGCAUAACUGAUUCUUCAGGUCAGGAUAGUAGAAAGGGACAAAAUGAUAAGAGGCAAUUGUUAGUAAUCCUUUUGUCUACGAUAGCUGCUUUUGCUCUUCUAUUAGGAAUAUUUGUGAUAUUUUACUGCUGCAGGAGAAAUCUCAGAUUCAAAGGGUUUUUGGUGAACUCCACUAAGGAAUCCACUGAUAAAGCAAAUAAAGCAGCAUCCGCUGGAGACCUUAAUACCAACAUUCCUAAUCUGACAGAAUAUCAAUUGGGUGAUAUAGAGGCAGCCACCAAUGGAUUUUCAAUUGAAAAUAAGCUUGGACAGGGUGGAUAUGGCCCUGUUUACAAGGGAACACUACCAGAUGGACAGUUAAAAGCAUUGAAGAAACUUUCAAAAACAUCCACACAAGGAUUUGAAGAAUUCAAAAAUGAGGUUAUGCUUACUGCCAAGCUACAACAUGUAAAUCUUCUCCAAGUUUUGGGUUUUUGUAUUGAUAGAGAAGAACAGAUACUCAUCUACCCAUACAUGCAAAACAAAAGCUUGGACACUUACCUAUUCGAUCCCAUAAGAAGGUUAAUUUUGGAUUGGGAAAAACGCAUACAUAUUAUUGAAGGAGUUACGCAAGGCCUACUAUAUCUCCAAGAAUACUCAAGGUUAACUAUUAUUCAUCGAGAUAUAAAAGUUAGUAAUGUCUUAUUGGAUGGAGAAAUGAAACCCAAAAUAUCUGAUUUUGGCUUAGCUAGAAUAUUUGCAAAAGAUGAUCUUGAUGAAGCAAACACAAGCCGUAUUGUCGGAACUAUUGGUUAUGUUCCUCCUGAAUAUAUCCAGAAAGGCAUAUACUCAACCAAAUCCGAUGUUUAUAGUUUUGGGGUUCUACUUUUGCAAAUCAUCAGUAGCAAAAUGAUUUCUCUUUUAUAUGGUCCGAAUGAAAACCUGAGUCUUCUUGAUUAUGCAUAUGAGCUAUGGAAUGAUGGUAAAGGUAUGGAGUUUAUGGAUGAAUCAUUGGACGACACAUAUUUGUCUUGUAAAUUAAUAAAAUGCUUGCAAAUAGCUCUGUUAUGCGUCCAAGAAAAUCCAAAUGAUAGACCAUCCAUGUUGGAAGUUUUCGUGAUGCUAAAAGAUGAAAACGCAAAUAUCAUGAUUCCCAAAAAGCCUGCUUUCUCGAAACAAAAUGACCAAUAUGAAUCUCCUGUGCAGUUGGAAGGUUAUUCAUGUAGCACUUUUUCAAUUAAUGAUGUAACAGCUCAUAUGUGAGAGAUAGAUGAAUUAUAAAAUGUGGCUCUUGCAGGCUUAGAUAUGGUUAGUUCCUUCUAGCUGCAAUGUUUUUAUUAUUGCGAGAAAAAAUUAAGUUUGU